AUGACGAUGCUGAACGGAGCCAGUAGCCAGGAGGAGGCCCAGAUGUCGCCUGAGAAGGAGCAGGAGAUCGCAAAUCGGAUUCUUAAACGGGCAGAACUGGCACAGAUGACACGACAGCUGAAGAUGAAACUUGGUAAAGUACCCACGUCGAGGGAAGCUUCGCCAGUGAAGGUCCGGAAGAGACGGGGAGAUGGCGGCUGCGACGAAGAGAUAAAGGAGGCAAUCGCGAAGGUGUCUCCCGUGAAGAAAGGUUGUGUAGAAACAAAGGCAGGCGAGGAAGACCACGGCUCCCGGUCGCCCGUGAAACAGCUGAAGGGCUGGAGCACGCCGCCGCCGGCUCCGCCGGCGUCCUCUUCAUCGCUACUGCCAGACAGGAGGAAUCAGCAAGAGAUCCCUACGACUCCAAGACGCGUAAAAGGCCAUCAUCACACGGUGCCGCCGGCGAUAACAUCGAGCUCCUCUGGCGAAGACGUGAAUUCACGGACCAUGGCAUUGCUGGCGACCCCGAAGAACAGGUCUUUGGGCAGGAAGCUGGGCACUAGUGAAAGCGACGUUGGCGCGGACUUGCUGAUGUAUCUCGCCACCAGCCCUUACUUGUCCGCGGCAACCGCCGGCCACCAGCCAGCAAGCGUGCCAUCGACACCAAGAAACUACAUGUCUAGCGGAGUGGCGCUGGAGGAUUCGCACGACGCCAUCCGCUUUUCCCAUAUGAAGCACCAAACAUCCUCUCCGCAAAGUACGUUCAAGGCCCCAACGCAUUUCGUCAGGCACGGCACCUACAGCCAAGGACACGCUGCCCAGUUUCCGCCCUCUUCCUCGGAGCUGCUGAUGGACUCUCCGGCCAUAUACAUGGCCGCUUCAUCCUCGCCGCAAAAGAGGCGGCAGCUCGCAGUGCAGCCCCCCACCAACGUCCCGACGACGCCCUCGAGAGAGCUACGGUCAUCCUCCCACCUCUGGAAGACACCAAACUUCAACAUGGGGGACUACGUCCACGCGCUUUUCAGUCCCUCGCCAAGAGUCACUAGUUCUGCUACGAGCAGGCCGAGUUCGACCCACGACAUGCGCUCCUCCAAGAGCUAG